GAUCCGCACGCCACUCGCGAGCAUUUACCGAAGUUACGAUCAAAGUUUACCGGUACGGCACAAUCUUGUUACUUUUGAGUUGUAAAUUCGGUACCGGUAGUGACACUCAGUGGAAUUGCAGUGAUGUUCGGAGCGUGUUCAUAAUAUUUUGUUCAUUAAGCUGAGGAUGACACUUUAAUUUACGCGUGACGAAAAGGGAGGCAAUGGCAUAUUACCGUUGCGGGCCGACGACCAUCGGCAGCCGCGCGUCCUGGGGCCCCUCUUCCCCUUCCGUGGACCCGAAGGCGUUUGACCGCCCGCUCAGCGGCACUUUUGACCGCAUCUUCAACGCUUUUGAGCGCUCUAAUGCCUUUGAGUAUGUUAACACUCAGGACGGAAAAGAGACGCGAAGUGUAGAACAUGGAGAGGUGGUGGUGAACAGAAAGAAAAGCAGCAGUUACGAGCGAGCAGACAGUGCUUUAGCAGCACAAACUCCCAGCGCAGAAGAUGAAGACUACUACCGAGAGAAGAUCCUAUACUCGCAGGCGCGUCAGCUGUUCCCGUUGCAAGAAGACUUGGCUGACUGGAUCAACAAGACCAUCGGCAUCACGUACCUGACGGGAGAGAACUUUCUGGACGCCUUAGACAACGGCGCCGAAUUAUGUCAGCUGGCAUCAGUCAUCCAUGAGCGGGCGCGCGAAGCUUUAGACCAGGGACUCUUCGUUGGGCCGGUACCAGCCGUGCGCGGGCGCUGCUGGCAGCGCGCGGCGCGCCGCAGCUUCUUCUCCCGUGAUAACGCCGACAACUUCCUGUCCUUCUGCCGCGACCUCGGCGUCCACGAGAACUUGCUGUUCGAGAGCGAUGACCUAGUACUACACAACCAGCCGCGGCAGGUGGUCCUCUGCCUGUUGGAGGUGGCGCGUCUGGCCACACGCUUCGGCCUCGAGCCUCCGGGCCUGGUGGCAUUUGAGAGAGAGAUAGCGGCUGAAGAGCGGGACUCUGGACUCGAUUCAGCCAUGUCUGGGGCUUGGCAGUUUAGGGAUAAUUCGCCUGGGCCUGAGAAGACUAAGAGUGUACCUCCGCCGUCGUCACCCGAACCACAUGAAAUGUCCACACAGACGGAGGUGUCAGAAGAGCUGGUGCCGGACGGCGUAGACGCAGAAAGCACCCGCUCGGGCGGCUCCCUCGAGAGCGGGGACUCCGAUGUGCCCCUCCGACCCACCAACGAGCUUGACAAGCGGGUGCAGCUGGUGACGCGGCUGCUGGAGCGCGGCUGUCGCUGCGGCGCGGGGCGCUGCUCGCGGCUCCUCAAGGUCAAGAAGGUGGGCGAGGGCCGCUACAACAUCGCCGGGAGGAACGUCUUCAUUCGGCUGCUAAAGGGUCGCCACAUGAUGGUCCGCGUCGGCGGCGGCUGGGACACGCUGGAGCACUUCCUCUCGCGCCACGAACCGUGCCAGGUCCGUCUCGUCACGCAAGGCCGCCGCGACGUCCUCCCCGUACCGCCCGACCCCGACUCCGGCAUCGACGAGGACCGCAAACUCUCCCCUAUUCCUAGGAAAAGCGUCUCUCCGGCCUCCAGCAAAGCUUCGCUUAAAGAAUCUCUAGGAACUGUAUCUCCAGUCAGUAAAGCCUCUAGUGGAGCCUCGCCGGACAGGAGCGGCACUCGCGCCUCCAGCAAAGCUAGCAGCGGAAAGAGUUCGCCGAUUCACGAGCGCACCUCCACCCCCAAACCGACUCGACCUCGACCUAACCUCACCCUUCCUCUGAAAACCGACGCGCGGCGCAAGCAAUCCUUACCUAGCACGCCGAGUAGAUCAGUCAAAACACCGCCCGUAGAGCAUAGAAAGUCGCUUGGUUCUGUUAAUGUACCUAAAAAGUCGCGGAGCAUGAGUCUGGCGUUGGCGCCGGAGAAGCCGUUCUGCGGGACGGAACGGCUUAACGCUCGGAAAGCGUCCAGCGCGGCUACAACGCCUACAGCCGGUCCGAGGCAGACGCGAAGUCAAAGCUUGGCUUCAACGCCCGUACAUGAUCCUAAAAAGACCUUCUGCGGCACGGAGAAAUUAAAUGCCACCAAGAAAACUCGCAGCAUGAGUUUAGCAGCGACUGCGCCUGUAGCCCGACCGCUUCAAAAAGCCCAAUCGGCUGCCCCGGUGGGUGGAUUCACGCAAGCCGCGAUAGAAGAAAGCAUCCGUCUUUCUCUAGCAGCCUCUAUAUCUGACUCGUGCUCGACGAAGAAGCCCUUCCUCCACAUCAAAGCCAAAUACCGGAGUCCCCCGCCCCGGGAGGUGCCCCCGAGAUAAAAUAAGCAUUCCACUAGUUUUAACACUUGACACGAAUAAUCUCAGCCUUCGGGCCAGUCAUUCUACUUGUAACGAUAAUCAUAUAACUUUAUAUUUAUUAAUGUCUAAUUCCUAAUUUGCAAUAAUGAAUCUGUUUAAUUUUAUUUUUUAUUGAUUUUAUGUUUGAUUAUGAUUUUGUAUUUGAAUUAUGUUAAAGAUAUUUAAUUUAAGUUACUAUCAUGUUCAAAUGGAAUACUGAACCGCCAUAAAUAGAUAAUUUCAUUUGAUUUGCUAUGAUUUGAUAAUAAAGAUAAGAGAUAAUACUUUA